UCUCGUUUCUCCACCUUCUUGUCAGCUUCGUCUUUCUCCCACGACCAGAAGGUGAACCACGAAACCCGGCGUUGGUUUCGCCUCCGCGAUCGUCUCUCGUGGUGACUGGGGUUAGAUUUUGGUUUCGGCUUCGUUCGUGAAGGAUGUGCAGAUUUAUGACGUGGUUUAGUUCCCCGAUUGGCGGAUCAGAUCAGCUUCUCUUUGUCGUUCCUUCUGAAUUCAAUUCUUCCUACUAGUGGAGCUCGUAAAAGAGUCGAAUAAGGAUGGGUUAUAUGAACUCCAUGAGUGGCCUUCUAGCAGAUGGCUCUCCAGUUAGCGGUGGAGGACUCAGUCAGAAUCGGAAGUUCAGUUAUGGGUAUGCAAGCUCUCCUGGGAAAAGAUCUUCAAUGGAAGACUUUUAUGAGACAAGAAUCGAUGGCGUCGAUGGAGAAAUUGUCGGGUUGUUUGGAGUUUUUGAUGGUCAUGGUGGUGCUCGAGCAGCAGAGUACGUCAAGGAGCACCUCUUCAGCAAUUUGAUUAGACACCCCAAGUUUAUCAGCGAUACGAAGUCAGCUAUAGCUGAUACAUACAGACAUACUGACUCAGAGUUUCUGAAAUCUGAGAUUAGUCAAAAUCGUGAUGCUGGCUCAACAGCUUCAACCGCCAUCCUUGUGGGCGAUCGUUUGCUAGUUGCAAAUGUCGGGGAUUCUAGGGCUGUUAUAUCUAGGGGAGGGAAGGCUUUUGCUGUCUCAAAGGAUCACAAACCAGAUCAAACAGAUGAGAGACGGCGGAUUGAAGAUGCCGGAGGCUUUGUUAUGUGGGCUGGGACAUGGCGUGUUGGUGGUGUUCUCGCCGUGUCACGUGCAUUUGGCGAUAGGCUCUUGAAGCAGUUUGUUGUUGCAGAUCCAGAAAUACAGGAGGAAGUCGUUGAUCAUUCUCUGGAGUUUCUUAUACUUGCAAGUGAUGGAUUGUGGGAUGUUGUUACAAAUGAGGAGGCUGUGGCCAUGAUACAGUCCAUAGAGGACCCAGAACAAGCGGCAAAGAGACUGUUGCACGAAGCUUAUCAAAGAGGAAGCGCUGACAACAUCACUUGUGUUGUGGUACGUUUCUUGGUUGGCCAUGGAAACACCACAACAGAGCAGAAGUAAUGCUCAUGUUUUCAUCUUGUCGAGUCUUAGUUGUCCGCAGCUAAUAUAUGUCUGAGAAAAUGAAAAAUCACUACUUCAUCCCUUUGCACGAAGUAGGAACAUAUGGAUUUCACAUGUUCAAAAGUAUCUGCUAAAAGAAGGUUGAAUUUUGUUUA